AUGUGCUCCGACGAGGGGAAAGCCAUCAUCGCGGCGGAGCUGGCGAAAUACCGGGUCCCGGAAUGGUCAGUUGAUGUCAACCAGCACUGCCAGCACCUCCAGGAUUACCUGAAGCAGAUCAUGGAGACCCACUUUGUGGUGCCGGCUGGUGGAAUGCGAGCAUCCUAUAUCUCCCCUGUUGUGUGGGAAUGGCGUGCAGCGAAGCUGCACAUCAAGGCGGCAUCAAGGCAUCGACGAAAAAUGUGGUCUGAAGCCCAAGCCUGUGCCUUCCGUUGGUGGGCACGUGGUGUGCCAUUUAGCGCCCAGGCUGUCUGCAAGCACCAGACAAUCUACCAGCUCGUUGCCUCAGCGGUCACCAUGGUCUCGGUGCGAAUCAAGCAACAGGUCUACGCGGACAAGCACCAAUUCCUACAAGGGAUUGUUGGAGAUGGCGUCCAGAAUGUCGGCCAGAUUCUUCAUCGAGUCCGUUCACAUGGCCUUGGGGGGAAAAAGAAUAUGGUCCGAAAACGACCCUUGCCAAGACUGAUGACUGAGGAUGGGAGUGUCGCCGAAAGUCGCGAACAGCGGGACAAAGUGUGGCUCAACCACUUCAGCAACCAAGAAUGUGGUCAAGUGAUGAACACGAAGGAAUACCUCCAUCGAGAGGCCACGGCUGGUGCGGUCCGAGUGGACGUGGAUUGGAAGAUCACGGACCUGCCGACUUUGGCUGAGACGGAGGAGGUUGUCAGAAGUGCCCCUGUGGGCAAGGCAAUGGGGUUAGACAAUAUCCCGGGAGAAGUUGUCCGGGCGGUGCCAGCACGGAUGGCGGAGAUCUUGCACCCGUUGGUGGUCAAAUCACUCGCCACAUUGUCUCAGCCGGUGCAGUGGCGUGGAGGAAUAUUGCACGCGGCCUGGAAGGGGGCUGGCGAAGUCGACCAGCCGGCCAACCACCGAUCGUUGUUUGUCAGCAGUGUCCUGGCCAAGGCAUACCACAAGCUGAUGAGGGGCCGUGGACAAGAUGCUCUCCAUAGUGUUCUUCACGGUCUGCACCUUGGCAGUCGUCGUGGAGCCCCAAUUGGAUAUGCAUCCAUGAGCCUGGUGGCACACAUCCGGCGAUGCCAGCGACACAAGCUGAGCUAUGCAGCGCUGUUCAUUGACACAACGGCUGCAUAUUAUAGAGUCAUUCGACAAGCAGCCCUGGGUCCGUUGGAAUCAGACGAGAACGUGGCCAGGCUGCUGGACAAGUUCGGUAUGGCCCCAGCUGACAUGCACACGAUCCUUGAACUGGUGAAGUCUGGAGGCUUGAUGAAGGAGGCUGGGAACUCGGCAGCGAUCCAGGCUGCCUGUGCGGACUUUCACCGCAACACUUGGUGUGUGUCUGCCUUCUCCUCCGGAGACUCGGUUGCCAUGACGGCGACCGGGUCACGUCCUGGUGAAAGCUGGGCCGAUGCGAUCUUCUCCUACAUCUAUGCCAGAACGAUGGGAACCAUCAUCGAAAGGGCUGAUGGAGAGGAUCUAUUGACGACCCUGGUCGUGGAGUCCGACCAGCAAGCUUUCUCGGCAGACUGGCCUGUGGAGGGUUGUCUGGUCAGAGACUCCACGUGGGCUGACGACUCAGCAAUCCCGGUGGACGAUGAGAAGCCAGAGCGUUUGGCCUUCAAGAUCAAGCGACUCACGUCCAUUGCUUUGGCCACCCUGGAGGAGUUCGGGCUGGCUCCCAACUUGAAACCGGGGAAGACGGCGAUCCUGGUACAUCUCUGUGGUCCAGGCUCACAACGGGCCAAAAGGAGCUUAGUGAACGGCAAGAAGGCUGAAGUUCUCCUCGAGGACCUUGGCGUAGCCGUUCAGGUCACGCCACAGUAUACCCACUUAGGUGGGGUACUCGACCUGCGGUUGAACCUCAAAGCGGAAGCCAGGCGCCGACUUGCACUACUCGGAGAUGCUUUUGAGCAGGGCCGCAAGCUUUUGUUCCAAAACAGGACGAUUCCGUUAGCCACCAGGGUCCAGCUAGACGAGGCCAGUGUGCGAUCAACGCUGUUCAAUUUGUCACUGUGGCUGCCCCAUGGUGACUCCUGGGACCGACUGUGUGGCGGCUACUCAAGAUGUUUGAGACGUGUCCUUGCGGCCGAGAUCAACGGCGAGGCACUAUACAAGAUCCCGAUCCCGCUGGUGCACAUCAUUACGAACAGUUGGGAGCUGAAGUAUGUGGCGACCAGGAGCAGGCUGGGGCUGCUCUGUGCCAUGAGCCUCAACGGCCCUUCGGUACUCUGGGCACAGCUCCAGCACGAGAAAGCCUGGCUACAGGAGGUCAGAAGUGACCUUGCCAGCCUCAACAGUUUUGAUGAGGAAUGGCCUCGAGCUGAUGAGUCGUGGAAAGUCUGGGAGGCGGCAAUCCGCGCAAACCCGGCGCGAUUCAAACUGCGUGUCAAACAGAUGCUGAGAAAGCGCCAUAUGGAGGACGUCGAGCACUAUAAGGUGAACCUGGUCCUCUGGGCGAUGUUUCGUAUGGCCAAGGGCGAUGAUGGCGCAGACGGAGCGAGGCUUAUGCAAUGGCAGUGUCGGAAGUGUGACAGGAGCUUCGCGUCCAAGGGAGGCCUGGGAGCACACUUUUUCAAGACACACCGGAGACUCGCCACCCAUCGGAAGGUCGCUGCAGGGACCUUUUGCAGAGGAUGUGGCACCGAGUUUUGGUCACUGCCGAGGCUGUCGAUCCAUCUGAGGGAUACACCCAGAUGUGUCCGAGCCCUCAAACAGCUUGGUGCUGUCGCUCCUGAAAUUGCGCCGGGCUUGGGCAGCAAGCGGUGGAGGCAACUUGAAGUUGAGCAAUUCACUCUGGCGCCUACGGAGCAAACCGCCGACCCCCAUGAAGUGGAGGCUGGUAGUGACUGGAGUGAUGAAGCCAAGGCGGCCUAUAAGGCCCUAUGCUUCGUGCUUUUCGACCGAGACCAGUGGCAGGACCCGGAGGAGGUCAUGAAGACGAUCGUCGAAGUCCUCAAGGAGUUCCCCCUCUUCUACUUGGAGGAACAGAUGAUCGUGGAGAAGAUUCGUGACGAGCUCAAGGAGGUCCAGUGUGGAGCCCCUGAGGAGCUAUGGGACCGUCACUCCACCGAGCAGGUCUUUGCCUCGUUCGAGCAACCUCUACCGCCAGUUGCUGAAGGUCAAAGACGAAACACGGACGAGGGCAGCCUCACGCUGCGUGGCUUUCAAGAACGUGUGGCUGCCAUCCAGUGGGAGGAGAUCGCGAGCAAUGCUUCGCGACGUUGCGAGACCCCUGAGCCGAUGUCUGAAACACUGUGUAUAGAGUGGGACGUAAGGGACUCUGUGUGCAGUGAUGUCGGGGAAGCCCUUACCGCGGCGGAAAAUCUACAGUCCAUUAUCCCAGAGAAGCUCAAAGAGGUUUGGGAUCGGGUGCUCUCCGGUACAGUUGCGAGAGUCUGUGCACCGAACCAUUUCUGGGAUUUGCCUAUCGCAAGGCCUUUCAUCGCUUUGCGGGCGGAUUGCUGGAACUACUUCGACAUGCUUUGCCUCACUUGUGCUUACACGGACCUGCUUAUCACUGGCGUGCUUCAGGCUACAGCCGAAGAUGAUGCACCGGCCCUGAGCGCGAUCAUGCUGAUCAAGAUCUUACGCCUUGCACGCGUUUGCAGGAUCAUCCGUGUGAUGCGCUUCGGUGCAGUGCGUGAGCUCAGAGUAAUCAUCCUCGGAGUUCUCAGCGGCAUCCGGGUGCUCUUCUGGGCGAUUGUUCUCCUCUUCUUCACGGUCUACAUCAUCGGCGUGUCGGCACGCUUGCUCAUCACAGACGCAGAGCAGUUUCCCGAGUUUUCCUCGGUUGACGCCUCCAUGUUGACUUUCUUCCGAUGUGUCACAGAUGGGUGCACUGACCUGGCAGGUCAGCCUCUACAGGAGCACUUGCGCAUCAAGUACGGGAGUUUCUUCAUGCUGGUUUACAUGGUGAUCUUCCUCUUCGUCGUCAUCGGCAUCUUCAAUCUCAUCAUGGCCGUGUUUCUGGACUCGGUGGUCAGUGACCAUGCGACGAGGGAACUCCAGGAGCUUGGCUACAAGUACGAUGAGAUGGAGGAGAUGAUUUCCAACGUCAUUGCCACGCUCGCCUCGGGCCGGCGCGUUGAAAAGAAGGACCAGGCGAAGACCUUCUGCAGCUGGAUCUGUAGCCUUUGCGUGAGGCCGAGCCAUGCUCUGAAGAAGAGCAUGCGAUUGAACGUGCACAAGGAGAUGAACAAACAGGUGGCAGUGACAAGGGAUGAGUUCAACCGAUGGCUGCAAUAUCCAGAAAUGCAAGAGUUGCUGACGUUCUGCAAGAUCGAGACGGCGACAAAGUUUGAUCUCUUCGACGUUCUGGAUGCGGACCUCGGAGGUCAGCUACACUUCAAUGAGCUGGUCGAAGGCUUGAUGCAACUGAGAGGACCGAUUACGAAGUGCGACGUGAUAUCCCUGCGCCUCAUGAUGAGCAACCUCCUCCGCAGCGUGAUGCGCAUCGUCGAAGCCCGUGACACGCCUAGUCGUGUCGUCCGCUAG